AUGGGGUUAUCGAAAAUCUUUCCAUGCUGCACGCAGCCUCCUGAUGAGAAGGACCCCGAUGAAAGGCCACCUAAAAUGACCGAGACGACCGCACCAAGCAACAAUGCGCCAGCCGUCGGCCUGCCUCCUCAAAAAUCCCCUAUUUCCAUGACCUCGAGCGGACCUUCGAACAAUGCGGAAUCCCCAAAGCCGGGGGUUGCGACAAAGUCGGAAGUUGAUUUAGACAUCAGUAUCUCCCGGAAAGUUUGGAAUCGUGCCUAUGAAGAACUUGCAACAGAUGGAGCCACAAAAUCUCUCGUGGAGGACUAUAUGAUGGCCGUACAAAGGGCCAAUAAACCCAGCGAAGAUGCGUCCGAAUCUGAGCUGAGAGCGAACGUGGCGAGGAUGAAUAACGAAGCGGAGAGAGAAAAGCUCAUGAAGCAGACUCUUGAAUCAGGUCAGAAGAAGAUCUACAAGACGUCAAAGCUUACGAAUGCCGUGGGGGGCGCAUCGGGCUUCGUCCUGAAGUUCAAGAGCGUGAUUGAUCUGGCCGUUGGGACCAACCCCCAGGCUGCUCUGCCAUGGGCUGGUGUCUGCAUUGGGUUACAGUUUAUGCUCAACCCUUCUCUCGAGGCACAGGCUAAUGCGAGUGGCCUGGGCUAUGUGAUCUCCAGGAUUCAAUGGUAUUGUGAAUUGACAGAGCAUAUGUUGAGCAGGGAGAAUAUCGUCAUUUCUAAUAGAUCCUACGAGAAAGUCCUCGAACGUCUCGAAGUCACAGUGGUUGAGAUGUACAAAGCCCUUCUUCUAUACCAGAUGAAGAGCGCAUGCUCAUACUACCAAAGCCAAGGCUGGACAUUCAUCCGCAACAUCGUUAGUUACGAUGACUGGAAGGGCCAGCUGGAUGGUGUGAAAGAAGCCGAAAAGGCUGUUGAGGAUGAUUGCAAGCACUACAACAAGCUCAGAGCCCAGGGCCAACUGGAGGAUAUUGCUCGCAAUGGCAAGGGUACGCUGGAAGUUCUUACUGGUGUCCACGAGACUCUGCGGGAAUAUAUUGCUAGCCAAGGCAAGAUGGCUCGGGGCAAGGACUAUGACGAAUGCUUGAAGCAUCUAUACGUUGAGGAUGGCCAGAUCCAACUGGUCACUAUCCAAGGCCAGAAAGAUGAUCUGAUUCCAGAGGCAUGCGAGUGGAUCUUCGACACCGAAGAAUUCAAGUCCUUCGUCGACUGGAGUGAUAGUUCCCAAAGCCAAGUCCUAUGGGUUAAUGGGCCUGCUGGAACUGGCAAAACGAUGCUGAUGAUUAGUAUCAUUCAGAAGCUUUACGAUCAGUCUAAAUAUGCGCCGGGUAUCUCCAACUUCUUCUUCGAAGCAUCACAGACGACCAAGAACAGUGCCCUGCAUGGCCUUAGGUCCCUUGUAUGGCUUCUUCUGAUUCAGCAGCCCCAUUUGAUUUCCUACCUGGUCGAAAAGCACAAGAGAUCUGGAGAAGCUAUGUUCAAAGGCGAUUCCGCAUUUUGGCAACUCAUUGAAACAUUGAAAGAAAUGCUAGCCGACGAGAAGCUCUCUCCCGUGUAUCUUUCAUUUGACGCACUUGAUGAAUGUGCACCAGGAAAACCCUCCGAGAAAGAAUUGCUGAACCUUGUCGAAGCCACUGUGAGGGCCAGUGGCAAUGGGCCCACAAAGGUCAAAUGGCUUCUGUCAAGUCGUCCGGAAAUUGGCGUUUACAACAAACUCAAGCGUGCCAAGGAAGGAGCAGUGGUUGAGCUAGACGUAACAGUCCACAAAGAAGCAUUGGAGGUCUAUGUCGAACAAAAGAUGUCUCAACUGCGGGAGAAAGAGGGAUAUAAGCAGACAACUUUGGACAGAAUGUCGGCUGAACUCAGCAAACAUGAACAAACUACCUUCCUUUGGGUAUCACUCGUGUUCAAGGAGUUGAUUACUGGUGAUAUUGGACAGCAUGAAGCUGUGGCACAUGUCAGCAAAUUCCCGAAGGGCCUCAAUAAGACUUAUGAUCGAAUCAUGAAGCAAAUUGAUGAGCUCAAGAGCGAAGCUGACCGAGAAUUCUGCAAGAGAGUCCUGGAAGCCGCAUGCUUUGCAUCCAGACCCUUGUCAUUUGAUGAGAUCCAUGGCGCUGCUGGCCUACCUCCAGACCUCGACUCACCCUACAUUGUCACACGCUGUGGGUCCUUUUUGACUGUUCAUAAUGAUAUUGUUUACAUGCUGCACCAUUCAACUGGGGAGUAUCUCACUCGCUACUUUGAAGAAAACCACCCCGGUGGCUCCCCUCAGGUUCAUGAGUUUCUAGCCAAACAGGCUAUCAUUGCCAUGUCUGAGGGUUUGAAGCGCAACAUGUACAAGCUGGAGCCAGGUACAGAGUCAAACUGCCUCGGCCCUCCGCCAAGUGGAAAUCCCUUGGCUGCUCUUCAGUAUUCCUGCGAGUUCUGGGUUUAUCACCUUCUGCAAAGCAGUUCCCCUAUUUCUGAUGAUGGGCCUGUGCUUCACUUCUUGGAGGCUCACUUCCUCCACUGGCUUGAGAGUCUCAGCUUACUUCGCAAGCUUCCAAGCGCUCUGACAUCUAUCCGCGAGCUUUUGAAAAGAACAAUGACCACACAAAACAAGUGUCCAAAGCUUAUCGCCUUCUUGCAAGAUGCUGAAAGAUUCAUCAUGAAAAACCUGUCAAUCAUGAUGGUGGCACCGUUGCAGAUAUAUGGUGGCGCACUGAUUUUCAGUCCCACCAGCUGCCAUAUUAGCAAGAUCUUCCGCGAGAAAAAACUUUCUUUCGUCAGGAAUGUCACUGGCGUCACAAGAGACUGGGACCCCUGCCUACAGACUCUUGAUACUCCUGCACGGCGGAUUAUCUUCUCUCCUGAUGGCAAAUUAUUUGCUUCACAUUUUACCGAUUUCAAUAAUGAAUUGGAAAUUCUGCGAGUGUGGGACGUGACUCUCGGCGUCUGCGUCCAGGAAUUUAGGAUCGAGCAAGCGACAUUCCUGGACUAUGACCUCUACCCCAACUAUCACCCGCUUUACCCUGCAUGGCUAACCAAUAGUAAAGCUCUCAUCGCAGUUGUAAGCGCAUCGGUGAGAAUUUUGGAUAUUGCGACUGGGAGCUGCAGAUAUGAGAGUCUUCACCCCCACGUCGCGUGCAUGAAUAUGGAUCUUUCUCCAGAUGGUAAAUAUAUGGCGCUCGUUUUGGACGAUAAAGUCCAAAUUUGGAACACUUCCAAUUGGACCUACAAGCGGACCCUUGCUCAAGAUGGAGAAUACAAAACUUCAGCAGUUUGUUUCGCACCGGACUCCAAGUCUCUAGCCUCUAUGUCAUUGUUUGGACCAUUGAAGAUCUGGAAUAUUGUUGACGGGGCUUGCAAGAAGAGUUUUGAGCAAGACAGCAAGUGGCAAUGGGAUAAUAAUCUUGCAUUUUCACCAUAUGAUGGCCAUCUUGUACUUCUCGCUCGGUCCCGGGAUGGCCUCAUGUUCUGGGAUAUUGCAAGUGGAAAUCACAAGGAAGUCAAAUUCAAAGGUGCCACUGGUACAUUAGCUGCCUUGUCUGGGGAUGGCAAUACUGCAGCUGUAAUCGAUGAUCAGACUGUCUUUCUACUGAACCUUGCGGAUGGUGUUUGCACCCACAAGCUUAUCCAUAACGAGUCUCCCGGGCCCGUGGCGUUUUCGAAGGAUGGUUCUCGUCUAGUCACGGGCUCUGGUGUGAUACGAAUCUGGGAUAUAACCAGCCCCAGGGAGCAAAGUGUGACUGGCAUCGAUGAAGAAGUUUCGACAAUGUGCUUUUCACCAAAUGGCAAAAUACUCGCUUUGGGCUGCGCCAACGGUGCCUUGAAGCUCUAUGACCCGGCAACAAAUGAAAGAGCACAUACAGGGCAAUGCCACGAAGAGGCUGUCUGGAAUAUUGUUUUCUCGCCAGAUGGAGGUAUUAUCGCUACCACAGCAGGCAAAGAAGUACGGCUCUGGGACUCUUCAACCGGUCAGUGCAGAAGGCUUCUCCUACCCUAUGUUGAUGAUAGGUAUGGCAAAAAUCACCGCACCAGUCAUUUCUGCACUGCAUUCUCUCCCGAUGGUACAUUACUUGCUAUAAUCACAAGCGCUCGGAGCUUGGAAGCUUGGGAUACUGCCACGGGUGAGCCUCGAGAAGACUUGAAGUUGUUCGGUCAACCAGAUUUACGGUGGAUUGCUUUCAGCAAAGACGGCACCAUAUUUGCCACUGCAUCACGGGCUGUACAAGUCUGGGACAUUGCUACCAAGAGUCGCAAGCAAGAACUAUUGCUCCCGGAAAAUCCAAUGUCACCACAAUUUAAGCAUAGCGAAGAGUGGCUUACCUGUAUAGCGCUUUCUCCUAAUGGUCAAACUUUGGUCACUGGAUCUUACGUGAACGCAAGUCAAACUUCAUUGUCGUUCCGUGGAACCGACAGGGGCGUGGUCAGAAUCCCAAGAAUCAGAGUGUGGGACAUCUUGACCGGAAACUGCAAACAGAUAGUUGAUGUGGAUUUUGAUGUCUCAGAUCUAACCUUCUCGGAGAAUGAACAGUCCAUCAAGACGAAUAUGGGGGUAUUUGAAUUCUCUUCCGGGGUUUUAGCCAAAGCCCCCAGCUCGGAGCUUUCCCGGUCUACUCUCUACUUCGAUCACGCAUGGGUACGUCGAGGCCUAGAGAAACGUCUUUGGAUGCCGCCUGAUUACAGCCUGAGUAUCGCCGCUACUUAUCAAAACAACCUUGUUCUGAAAGGGAUUCAUGGUCAACUUGUGCACGUGGAUCUUUCCGACGAUUGA